GCGGCUCCGCUGAAGGGCGGCUGUCAAUCCGGGCUCGCUCCCGGGAGCUCGUCCUGGUUGUGUCCGAAAGUAGUUCGCGCUCGGGCAGCCGCGUGCUGUAGGUGCGCUCGUUCUGCGCCUCGUGCUAUUCGAAACGCGCGGUGCCGGGCGGGGUUGGCGGGUCCCGGCUGGGGGACGGACGUGUGUGAACGUGAAGGAGCGCUGAGCACGUCUCGUUUCCGCUUUUUAGCAGGAGGCGGUGCUGUAGGGAGAUGGCCGAAGCCGCUUUCCGUCCCCCGAGAAGGAAAAGAAGGGUAUUUGAGUGCUACCAGGCGCCUUUCCCUGUGGGUGCCGGCGGGGGGGAUUUCAGGAUGUGCCGGGCUGAUAUGGUCAACAACAGCGUCGUGGUGAGGAGCCCCGAGGACGUGGAGCGGCUGUACAACGAGGGCUAUUUUGGAAAAGGCAUUCUUUCAAGAAGUCGACCAAUGUACAGCAUUUCUGAUCCUUCACUGGUUUCCAAAUGGCAAGGUGCCAACCUAAACAUGCCUAUAAUCACAUCAAAAAAGUACCAGCAGCGUGUUCAGUGGGCUAAAAGUGCUUUGCAAGAGCAAGGAUUUGAUAGCUGCUCCGUGACCAAAAUUCUUGAGAAUUACACUAGGCCUCUUGAAUUUCCAUUUUUGGAAAAGGGUGGAGCUGAGCAAACUGGUGAUGGCUGUGACACGAUGGGCCCAAACACAGAAAAUGCAGAACUUUCCAGGCAGUCUGCUGUAGAUACCGAAAACACAGCGACUUCGAGUCCUGAGCCUCAGAAGGAGGUCUGCCAGAAAGCCUGUGCAGAAGGAGAUCUCGCUUCUGAUCCCGUGGUGGCUCUUGGUUCUGAGGAACAGGAGCCUGCUGUUGUGAAAGAGGCAGCCCAAGCGUCCUGCCAGAAGCAUGGUUCUCAUGUGCAUUGUGGCUGCAAGGCUAAAGGGGGCCCUGAGCGAGAAUCGAGCAACAUGGCCAAGUCAGGAGAACGUGCUCCAGAAUAUGUGCUUGUGCAAGAGGAAGAGGAAGGUAGCUUAUGUCCUGAAGAGGGCUCUGCUCAUGAGCAAGAAAAUGCUUUUUUCUUGGUGUAUGCUCUGGGAUGCUUAACUGUUUAUUAUGGUGAGGAGCCCUUAACUAUUUUGAAGCUAUGGGAAAUUUUCAGCGAAGUGAAGCCUAGUUUUAAAACUACUUACAUGGCGUAUCAUUACUUCCGCAGCAAGGGCUGGGUCCCCAAGGUUGGGCUGAAGUAUGGAACUGAUCUCUUGCUGUAUCGGAAGGGCCCUCCCUUCUAUCACGCAAGUUACUCUGUCAUUGCUGAAUUAGUUGAUGACAAUUUUGAAGGUUCUCUUCGCAGACCGCUGAGCUGGAUGUCCUUGUCUGGUUUGAACAGAACAACUGUUAAUGCUUCUAAGGAACUUAUGUUAUGCUAUUUGAUUAAGCCAUCUGAUAUGACUGAAGAAGAGAUGGCCACGCCAGAGUGUUUGAAAAGAAUUAAGGUCCAGGAACUGAUUGUAACUCGUUGGGUGUCCUCCCGUGAGCGCAGUGAGCAAGAUGAUCUUUAACCGAAUUAGAGGAAGAAUCCUUUCUAUAAACAUUUUGUUUUUUUCACCUGAUCCCUCAGACAAUGGCUCAUCAUCAGUUUCUAUCAGCAUUUUCAGUUGGUAUGUAUAAAUGCUGACUAAAAUCCAAGCAUAUCCUGUCAUUUACAGAGAAAGAUGUACAAUGGAAAUGUCAAGAGAGUGAUUGCUUUUUCAAGCUGAACAUCUGCAUGUGUGUCGACUGUAUGUGGCACAGUGCUGUACUUGUAACUGGAGAUGACUGUGUUUCAUGCUUUAGUACUAUUACAACAAGUACUUUAUAGCAGAUAGUUCUACCAGGAUACUGAUACUUUGCCAUGUAUUUGUAUUUCAAUAGUUGAAAUUCAAAACUUAAAAUGAGGUAUGAAUUCUGAUAUACUCAGAAAUAGCAUGCUGUAAUUUAUUUUUGUAAGCUACAUCUUAGCUAAAGAACUCUGAAUUGCUUGAAUGUUUCUGGACGGGGGGCUCUUAGCAGCAGCAGAAUUGAGCAUUUCAAACUGGUUGUCUCUGUCUUGUGUUUCUGAAUAUGCUUUUAAAGGAACUAGGAAUUUAGCAAGAAGUGAAAUAAGAUGGGGGUGUAGUAUUUGCAGUUUGUGUUUACAAAAUUAUAAACUAGAUAUGGAAAACCACAGUGGUUUGAUUGUUUCUCUAUAGUUGAGGAAACAGGACUUAAAUCUAGUUCAGGUCUACAUUUACUUUGCAGAAGCUAGUAGAAGGGAAGAUAAACAUGUUUUCUUAAGCUAGAAUAUAUGUAAAUAAGUGUGUAGAAUUAUGAACAGUAAAACCUUGUCCUCAGCAUACACUUCUCUGUAAUGUACAGUAGGUAGAAGUACUGUUGGAGCAUCUUUCUAUUUCUUUUAAACAUAAAUUGCUUUUAUAUUUUUCUCUCUGUGAUGGAUCCAGAUGAGUCUGCUGUUCAUUACAGAUAGGAUGCUGUAUGACUAUCCUUUAAUGUUAUGGGUCUGUCUUGGUUUGAGGGAUAACAUGUAAAACAUAAAGAAGGGACUGGAAAUGUACCUGACAAUGAGACUGGAUUUAUGUUAUAAAUGCUGUAUGCUUUACUAGUAGCUGAAGUAAAGGAAAAUGAUUUUGCUUUG